CUAAAGUCCGACAGGAAGCCCAGUAUAGUGACGUCAUCCAGGGGCGCCACUAGAUUUUCACGUAUUGGGUUGUGAAAUGGGCACAAUUUAACAUCUAUGUCUGAUUUGUUUAAAAAGUAAUCAUAGUAACUCACAAAGGACCACACUGGGUACAGCACCACAAUGACAUGGAGAGAUGUGGCAGUUGACAUCAGACGGAGGUUUCCAGAGCUAGUUCCAGCGGCAGCGUCCUCCCAGGAUUUGGCUCCCUGCUCGCCGCAGUGAGACGGACCCCCCCCCACCCCCGUCCUUCCGGGACCACCAUGAAGCCCACGCACGAGCGCAACCAGGAGUGCCUACCCCCAAAGAAGCGCGACCUGCCCGUCAGUAGCCCCAGCAGUGGAGUGGGUGGAGGCGGAGGCGGAGGUGUAGGCGGUGCGGGCGGAGGCGAUGACGGGACUCCCUCUCACAGCUCCAGCUCCACCUGCAGCGAAAGCCAGGGAGGGGGAGGCGCAGCGCCCGGGGAGUGGCUGCGGGUUCAGCCAGGUCUGCCGUACAGUGCGGAGAACGCCGACUCCAUCGGCGUGCCGGUCGACCAGUACGGGAUGCUCUACAAAGUCGCCCUCCCAUCGGUCACCUACUCCCCGACCAACCUGCACCCGGUGCUGAGUCACAUCUCCCCUGCCUACACCGUCCCCUCCCCGCUCCUGCAGCACCCCGGCAUCCCGUACUCCGCUCUGGGGUACGCCCAGAUCCCCCACUCGUCCCUGCAGUUCGUGAGCUCCCCGUACGCCGUUCCCUACGCCGUUCCCCCCGGCUUCGUCCCCGGGCCCCUGAUCUCGCCACAGUCCGCCCUCUCCCAGUCCCCCCACGUCCCCCACCUGGUCCCCUACCCGUCAGUCAUCCAGGAGGGCGUCGUCUCGCCUCCCGGCCCGCCCCCGACCUCCGCCCACGCCUUCGCCAAGGUGUCCGCGGGCGGCGCCGUUCCCAUGGUGCUGUCCCCGGAGCAGGCCGCGGCCCAGCAGCUCUUGGGCUCCCUGGGGGGGCUGGCUGCUGGGGAGGGCGGCCCCCGCGGACCUCCGGCCUUCUACCCCCACCCGGGCACCAGAGUGGUGGCCCCCUACAGGGACCCGCGGGCGGCCCUGGAGGUCAACGGCGGGGAGGACGAGAAGGUGGGGAGGGAGCUGCUGCAGGACGUGGGGUACCCCCCCAGGAGUGUGCGGCCCCCCCAUGCCGUGGCCGACAGCCCCCAGCACGACAGGCCUGUCGGGGGUCGCAGAUACGAGGACCGGGGCUCGCCUGGCCACCGAAGCACUCCCGAGACGGACCUGGAGGUUCAGCGAGUGGUGGGCCGCCUGACUUCCCCAAACCGCGGUGUGACCGGGAGCCAUAAAGAGGAGGCGCUGCGCCCCCUGAAUCUGUCCCAGAGUUCCCAGAGGGGCUGGCAGCCGGUGCCCGGGGCCUGCGUGGAGAACAUGGCUGGUCUGGGCAAGCCUGUGUACGAGGCGCACGCGGUGGGAGCCGGAGACCCGCGGUCCCUCGCGGUCCAUCAGCCCGCCCGCCACGCCGUGAUGCUGGCCAACGGGCAGCCGGUCCUCGUCCCGCUGGACUACAAGCAUCAGCAGCAUUACGCCGGCCUGGCCAACGACAUGAUCGCCGCGGCAACGGCUGCGGCGCCCGCGAGGCACUCGAAAGCGUCCGAUUCCCCGGCGCACCCGCACCCCCCGGACAGGGCCCCCGUGGAGCCGCCGCCGCCCCAGCAGCUGCAGGUGCACCCCAGCCCUCCUGUCCCGACCCCGUGCCCCGUACCCGUCCCGGUCCAAACCCAGCCGCCCCCCUCUCUCGCCCAGAACCCCUCACACUUCAUGAAGGGGGCCAUCAUCCAGCUAGCCACGGGCGAGCUGAAGCGCGUGGAGGACCUGCAGACGCAGGACUUCGUGAAGAGUGCGGAGGUGAGCGGGGGCCUGAAGAUCGACUCCAGCAUGGUGGUGGACAUCCGGCAGAGCACGCAGAAGCCCGGCCUGGUGGCCCUGCACUUCACCGUGGGCGAGCAGCAGAGCAAGGUGACCAUCGACGUCCCGCCCGAGCACCCCUUCUUCGUCUUCGGCCAGGGCUGGUCCUCGUGCAGCCCCGAGGGCACGGCCAAGUCGUACGGGCUGGGCUGCCACCACCUGCAGGUCGGGGACGUCUGCGUCUCCAUCACUUUACAGCAGCCGCAGCGGCAGGAGAGACCGCCGCUCCAACAACAACAGCAACAACAACAGCAACAACAACAACAACAGCAACAACAACAGCAACAGCAACAGCAGCAACAGCAAUCAUCCCGGACGCCCGCCAAGGCCGGCUCUGCCACCAGCGUGAUCCAGGCCCAGCCCAUGGGGCCCCCGGCUCCCCAGCACCUCCGGCCGCCGGCGCAGGGUCGGGCCGAGAGCGGUUACCGGGACGGGGAGCGAGGCGAGGCGGAGGAGCUCGCGCAGGUAAGGGUCGGGGGACACGGGGAGACGCUCUCCCGGACAGACAGGACUUCGGCGGAGCACGUCCGGAGCCUGAGCGGCAACUAUUUGCACACGGAGGGCGCCCCUCCCCGGACGGUGGCCGCCGCGAUGCGGGGCCUGUCGUCGUCGAUCGUUGGAGCUCAGAGACACAGGUCCGUCCCCAGUUUCCAAAGAUACGGCACCAAGGACGAGGAGGAGGCGGCCCACCUCUCCUCCACACGACCCUCCUUCAUCCCCCAGGAGGUGAAGUUGUCCAUCGAGGGGCGCUCAAACGCGGGGAAGUAGCAAGGGGCGUUCGCCAGCCGCGGGAGGGUGUUGGCUGAAGCGGGAAUGCGUCGGCCAACCUCGGCAGGAUGUUGGCUGAACCAUCAAUGCGUUAAAAGGACCAGAAAGUGAUAAGGCAAAAACAGUAUGCUCUUUGUUUGGCGUUUGCACACUCAUGAAGGUUAGAAUUAUACCACGAUGACUGUUCAGGAUCUUCUAAGGUCAGUCCGGCCUGGGCUGGCUGUAGUGGUCGCAGUGUUCGGUUGACCACGCAAGGUGUUAUUAUGACGAGAAAAUAACAGGCAAGGUAACCAAAGUUCUUUGGUAACAGUUUUGGUCACGGGCUGCUCACAAGAGCGCUGGGCCAAAAACGUAAGUGCGGGACUCUGCUCGACCUCUGCUUCGUGGAACAGCUGAGGACCAUCAGCAGCAGUUGCAGUAUUAACCAAAGCCUCCACAAUCUACAGUACGUGCUGUCCUCCGGGUGGGUUCCAGUCUGAUGUGGUGCAACGACUGCUUUGACGAGAAUCUCCUCACCUUUGACCAAAAUCACACACACACACAAACCCGGGAUGGAGCAGAGUGUGUGGCUGCACUGGGGUGAAAAAGGAAAAAAGAGUAGUCUGUCCGACACUGAUUCUGGCGAAGUGAUCCAAUCGCUUCUGCCUUGUUUUGUGUUCUAAUCUAUGUGGGGGGAUUUCUCGAGAAAAAUCUGAUUCUUUUUAAAAAAAUCUUGCAAAAAUCUCAUGGGUCAUUCUCUUAAAUAUUGAUUCCAUACGUUUCCUUUUUUUUUUUUUUUUCUCUUUCCUUUUUAAUAUUGUUUCCUUUGGCAAAAGGCUCUUGGUAUGUAAUGGUUAUUGGGCACAUUUCUCAGAAGGAUUAGAUUUUAUGCUGCUGCUUAUUGCACUUGCUUCUUCUGUGCGACUCCUUACGGCGCCACCGUGCUAAUGUAGUUCCCUGGUCGGCACAGCAUCCGUGCUUCAGUACCAGCAGACUUGCGCCCUCCCCCGACUCCAGUGUUUACAGUCCAUGUACGUUUGUGCCUCAUCUCUCUGUUUUCUUUAAAGUCUGUUAACGCAUCAAUUGUUACCCUUUACAAACACCGCCCGGUCAAAAGUUAGGAAUUGCCUUGCCCUUUUUUCUGAUUUCAUGUUUUAUUUCCUCCUGUUUGUAAACGUAAAUGAAUUGACACGUGGUCAAAGCGCUGGCUCAGAUCCUUUGUGAAUGGGUUUUUAUACCUUUUUAUACAUUUUGGUUUCGCCAAAGUCAUCAAGGGUCCAAGGUAUCAAACGAACAAACAUGCUGCUGCCAGGUAUGCAGUAGAUAAGAAAAGCAAAGUUUCUCAUGACAAAUUUUCACGUUGAACUCAAUGGAAAGAAUAUUCAGGAGAAACAACCCUUGAUGUAUCUAGUGCCAGCACUGUGGUUUGAGGCUGGUUUGAUAGCUCGGACUCUUGAUGAGUUAACGGCAUUUAGCAAAGAAUGUGUUCCAUACUGUAUCGGCAUAAUUUACAACUGAAUCAAGUCCCAGCCCCCAAUUCCCACAGAGAUCCAUUAAAAUGCAAAAGGUUUUAGUAUCGCUUGUAGGACAACCUGUAAAUAAGUUCAUAAGUCAUAGACAUCAGGAUGUCAUGGCAUGUAAAGGAUAUACAACCAAAUAGAAAGCAUGACUCUUAUAGUCAUUCUUAUAGUUAAUUUGUCUCAAGCACUGACUACAUUUACAAAGUGCUGUAAUUAUUACACUGUCAAACCAAAAUGUAUAGAACAACGCUUAAAGAAAAGCUGCACUUUGACCAUGUGUGAAUUGUUUAAUGACAGAUAAAGUAAAAUAUUAAACAGAAAAAGGAGAAAAGGGCAAGGUGAUUCCAAACUUUUGACCGGGGCUGUAGGUCUGAGUGGAGACAACACCUGAUAUUCACAACACACGCAUUGAGUGUGAACGCACGCAGGACCUGCAAAACCUCAUUCUCUGCUGCUGACUGUUUACUGUCAUGAAAAUUAUCCGUACCCACGUAACUUCAGUCAGACUAACCUAAACCCAAAGAUGGAACACGCAUACUUAUUUUUGGGCAAAUUUGCCACUUGAGCUACCAAUUAUUAUUUGCUUUGACAUUGAGGCAGUCUUUUUUGAAGGUCAGGUCAGGAUUAUUUUUUAUGUUUGCCGUGGCUAUUGAGCACCAGUCUGUUCUGGCACUACUUUCUUUGUUUGCUCUUGUUACAGCUUUGCCAUCUGUAAUUCAUUGAUUGAAUUACAGUAGGCUUCCACUGAAGUCAUCCCAUCUCUUCAAACCGUCUUCACGAAUCUGGGUGUUCGAGGCUGCUUAACCUGCCUCCUGUGUUUUAAGAACUUUUGAGGACACUGUGGGUGUCUGUGUUGGGAGUCCUUAAGAUCCAAGUACCGUUUGGAAACACUGACUAGUAUCACGAUUCAGUUUGUGGAUAGAAACUUUGUGGAGAAAACCACCACUGAUAAAUCCUUAUUUCCUGGAUGCUUAAUUACAAUUAUGAAAGCAAUAGUUGCUCUUGGGAACAUGGAUGUGCAAGGUUUACCCAGCUUUGAUGUUUUUGGUAUUGUUUUUAUUUUUUAUUUUAAAUAAUGCAUAUAACAAUAAUAAUAAUAAUCAUUAUAAUAAUGUCUUUUAGACUUCAGAAUAUGCAGCUGACAUUUUCCCUUUCAAGUGUCGGGUUGAGUUUGAGUCAGAGGGUUUAAAAGAUAAAGGCAAUCAAAGCCAUCGUGGCAUUCCAGAGAUCCUUGGAUGUACAGUCGAAACGAAAACGACCCCUUAUUAACGGCCAAUAAUUUUAUUGCCUUCCGUUCUUGAUAUGUUUUGCAAAAAAAAAAAACAAUGUUACCCAUUUCUGUGGUCGUGACCUUUGAGUAGUUUUGUGUUGCACAGAACAUUUCUUUUGACUGAAAUAACAGGAGAAUCUUUUUUUCUUCUUUUUCUUUUUUUUUAAGAAACUGAUGUGGUACACACUCAUUACAGAUCAACAACAAAUAUAUAAUAAUGCAGUUUAUUUUUUAUUUUUUUGGUUGCUGUAAGACAAUUAAGAACAAGUGCAAUUAGAUUGAUUCCAAAUUGACAUUCUGCAUAUUCAAAUUUACUCUUCUUUUGGUUAAUGUAUCAGAGUCUGUCCCAUCUGCCUGUCGUUGCUGUCCUCAAUCGCCUUCCAAGUGACAAACCAUACAGGCCAGCGUCGUCAUGCUGCGAUCAGUGCCAACCUUCGGCAGAUAGGAAAGCCAGCAUUAUUUCAUACGGUUUUUCAUCAAAUUCAUAAGUGCAGAAAUGCUAAAAGCUUGAGCAGGUUUAUAUGUAUCAAAUAUGUGCUGUGUAAUGCAUACGGUUAUAUAAUUAGGCUAUAUAAGAUGUAAGAUAUCAUUCCUCCGGUUCAUCAGCCUUCACAUUUAUUUUAGCAUUAGCACUGUUUCCAUUUUACCUCUUCAGUCUUAUUGUCCACCUUGCUCUCAUCGGUGUGAUUGCACUUGGUUGAAGUUUGAAUUCAUUUAAUUUUCAGCUUUUUAUUUUGUGCAAAUUUAAAUGACCUUUUAAUCAACUGCCACGGCUGCCAAAAUGACCUGGGUGCAGCACGCACUGCGGAAAUAGAAGACUGAUAUGCUACUUUUUUGAAAUGGCUGAAAGUAGCGAUUAAUUUUAUCGGAAAGGUGUCCGCUUUCCUUGUGUAGAUCAAGUCAUUGAUCUUGUUUGCCAAGAACCAGGAACGUGAUGGGGACACUUAGUUAGAUUCUUGACAUCAAGAGGAUUGACUCCUCUCCUACCUUUCAUAAUUUCAUCUGGUCCACAAACAUCUCUCGGUGAAUAAACAGCCUUAACGUAUUUCAGGAUGUUAUCCGGUGUAUUACGGCUCAGUAUAAUAUUUGGGAGCAUUACAUAUUAGAGGUUUUUCCCAAGGACUUCUCCCCCAGGAGACCUGUUGUCCCAUUUGAGUGCUCUGCUCAGUGAGUCGAGGGUCAAACGAGACGCUUCCGGCAAGCGAUUGAGCGGGUAAACCACAACAGUGAAAUUAUUACUGAGUGGUUGUUUCAUUCGGUUGGUCUCCGGUGGAACCGUGUAUUGUGACACAUGCAGUUGGUUCCUGGUGCUGGUGAAAGUCCUGCACUGUGGCGGUUAGAGUUCUGGGCGAAGGAGCCGUUCUUUGCGCUGCACUUCCAAGGGUGCGACUGCGGUGUCCCUUCGAGGAUUUGAACCCGUAACCACGGCGUUCCCCCAUCAUGCUCACCGUCACCGUUUGCGCUGCGUGCCCUCUGUCUCUGUCUCCGUGGAGAGGUGACUGGCUGACGGUGGCCGCAGGUUAAUGAGUGGGACUAGGAAUAGCUCUAAUGCUACGCGAUGGCAGCGGACUGCUACCAUGUCUGUGUCUGCACAGGACGCCGUGAAGACAUGCUGCUUGUGCAGACAGCGCACCUAAGGGUCACCUUAUAUACUUAUGUUUCAUCAAAUCACUUUCACUUAAUUUUACGAAUUUUCAGACCGGUUUCACAGAACCAGAUUAAGAUUGGUCCUGGACUAAGUUGAGUUUUGCAUGGGGAAUUUCUAUUCAAAAUUUAAUUUAGUCCAGAACUAGGCUUUAUCGGUGUACACACAUGAUGGUCAUUUGUUUGAGUUUUUCUCUAUAUAGUCAAAUAUAACCAGCAGUUGAGCAUGUGCUUGUGCGCAUGCUAAGGAUGUUUUUUUAAAAAUAUAUUAUCAAUUCAAUAAUGCCUUAAAACCACAACGUACAUGUCAAUAGAAUGAUUUGCAGGUGUUAGGUUUUUUCCCCCCCCUUCCCCUCAGUAUAUUACAAGAGUUGUUCAUUAAGCAAUGUUUCCUAUGUUUUUAUAUUGUCCGAAGGUGGUAGCAUUUUAUAUAUGAUACAGGUGACUGAUGGAGUGUAUGCACAAGGGAGAGCGAAGGUGUCUGGUCAGGUGAGAUCUGUCUCUGCACUUUUGUUUCCACAAGAUUUAAUAGACAGUGGUGGUAAAAUUUUGAAACGGGCAGGAAAAAAUUGCGCUCCUACUCAAAAAAUACUUUUGUUUCGGGCAGUUUUUUUUUCUUUCUAGUGAUGUCUUGAUGACUAUAAAGGGCCCUGUUAGUUUGAUGCUUUUGUGGUGGUUUGGAGGCGAUUUUCCAUUUGGGUAAACAGAAUGGCAGGAAUGUUUUCAGACUGUGACAUAGGAAAUCAGUCAAAGGAAGACAUUUGUUGCCAGUCCCCCCCCCCCCCCUCCCUCUAGAGAAAGGUAUUUACAUUUGCCCUGCUUUAUGUAAACAUGAUGUCCAGUCUUGCGUUUGUGACAGAGAGGGAUUCUCUCCAGUCCUGAUGGUAAAUAUGCUUGUUUGCAUAUUCGUAGAUCUUGUGGAAACAAACAGCGUUUGUUGAGUUUAUAAAUGACUCAGAGGAAAGGUAGUGUAUAACCCAGUUUAAAUGGGCAGACGGGGCAGCUAAGGUUUGGUUGAUGGUGUGUGACUAUAUCAUGAGAGUUUUAAAUUAAUCAUUUGUAAUAUCAAAUUAAACUUGUACUUUUGGCACUAUGUGACACUGCUUUUAUGUGAUGUGUAAUACACUGAUAAGAAAGGACAUCUUUAAUGCAUAAAAACUGCAAAAUAUAUGCAAUGAUGUAUAUGUAAUAUUGAAUCCUCAAGUAUAAUCCAGGUUGUGUAAACAUUGUAUAGCAAGUUUUAAUAUCUUAUGGCUGUACCAAUAUGUAUUAAUUCUUAUCGGAAGCCUUAUAGUUGUGAACCCAAAGUGCUCCCUUUUUCUAAAGUACCGUACACCUACCUGAACUUUCAAAAGCAUUAAUAACUAUAUUUUAUUUGUACUCGUUUUGAAUAAAUUAGAUUUGUACUGUAUAUUUGUACUUUUUGUGAACUUAGGGCUGAAUUGUUUUUUUGUUGCUGUUUUAACACAAUGUACUUAAGGACACAAAAUAUUGUAUUUUUACUGUUACAGCUAACUUCUUAUGAAAUAUUGCAUUUAUCAUGUUUAAGUAAACACAGUAUAAUAUAAUAUAUAUAUGCAUAA